GUGAGAGAUAUGACAUUACUUGACCGAAAUUGUUAUCAGCAAGAUUUGGUACACUUUGAUGUCGGCGUUUUCUUCGAGCAGGAAACGUUUGCAUACCAUGACUAUCACGAUGCCUCUGCACUGUUUCACUCUGCUGCUUGUAUUGACGGCCGUCAGUAUUUGUCUAUCAGCUGCAGACACAAAACCCCAAAUUCCUACCAUGAAUAACCAAUCAAGAAACAUCUCCCCGUUAGUAGUGGAAUUGAUGAACCGUAUGGAGGAGAUGGAGCGUCGCCAUGGGAACGAGGUUAAUAUUCUUCACAGACGAAUAGAAGCUUUGGAGAAUUUCCAUGCCAGCGAUUUGCAACAAAUGUCAAUUCACAAUAAGAAAAUAAACACUCUAGAAAAUCGCGUCAAGUUUCUGAACGACUUUGCCAUUAAGCAUAUUGGGAAACAGGGACACCGGCCACUACGGGGUCCUAAGCAUGCAAAAGCAGAACAUUCAUUUGACGCAAAAAGCGGUUCUGAUGGUAAUGGGAGUCUGAUUGGAUAUAAUAAGGUAACCGAAAACACGCAUCGAAAAGGAAGCACUAUUAAUAUUCAUCCGGGAGUGAGGUCUCACCAGAGCAGGAUCACCCGAGUCGGUUCAUCCCAAAACACUGGAAUCGGAUUCCAUGCCAUUCUGGAUCAUAUUGUUGAAAAUCUUGGUUUGGGUCAAUCAAUCGCUUUUCACAACGUCAUCACGAAUCUUGGUAAUGCCUACAGUCCUAACUCCGGAAUCUUCCGCUGUACCCAGAACGGAUUAUAUGUGUUAAGUUCUACGCUAUCCUUUGAUACACAUGAAAAGGUAGACGUGCAAAUCCAACGAAAUGGCAACAUGAUAUCGAAAGUGACCUGUGGGAGUGACGAUCACUGGAGUAGUUGCACUGGAACAGCGGUAGUUGAACUGGGACAGGGUGAUGAGGUUUGGGUCGCCAUGACUAAAAAACAUCAACCUGGAUCACACAUGGAACCAUCAUUUUCAUCAUUUUCUGGGUUUCUUCUUCCUUGGUCUGAAUCGCAUUGAGCGCAAAUAAAGAUCACGAGUAGUUAUUGGUGUAUAAUUAUGUAAGUUUAUUAAAUCAAUAAAAAAAGAAUAUUUCAA